AUGGCCUGCGCUCACCUGCCGUCUCCCACCCCUUGGACAAUUCACAGACCCGGAGUGUGCACCAGGCAGGAGCUGUGCAAGCCAGAGAAGCUGUUCCCUAUUUUCCGCCAACUGUGCCAGUGUCCUGCUGGAAAGCUCAGCCAGCUUGUCCGAGGGGUGUCUGCUCUGGUCCGGGAUGAGAAGCUGGUGAGGCAGGAGGGCCACAACAACAUCCUCACCCUCGUCCAAAUAAACGGGGACACUGUGCUACUGACCCACUGCAACAAUUUAGGGGGCAACUCCUUUCUUUGGCCCUCAGGAUAAACUCCCUUCUGACAGCAGGUUCCAGGGCACAGGGUGAUGGUGGACGUGGGGAACGGGUGAGUGACACCCCGAGGGAUGGAAGCGCACAUGGGUUGCCAUGUUCCUGCGUGUGCUCAAAAACACCCUGGGCAAGAGGAGCUGUCUGUGUCCUGCUUUGAGGCCCACCAGGAUCAGCCUUCAAAUCACUGGAACAGCCUUUGAAAGUCAGGCUGGACUUUUGCCCUGACUCCAUUUACCACUGAUGUUACAGGGAUCCUUCUCCUCCAGGCACGCCGCUUCAAAGCUGCCAGCCUCCAUGUAAAUGUCAGCAAGCCUGAGAGUGAGACUCUAAAUGUGACAGACCAAAGGCAGUUUGCCACAGAUUUUGUGAAAUUUGUGAAAGCUGAGGACACCAAGUUUCAUAUUGCCAUUCUGGAAAACAUUCAGGCUUUGUCAGAGGAUAUAUGAGGGGGAAAUCUGUGGAGGAAACUCCCUGUUACUCACACUUUUAUGAACUGGAAUAAACUAUUGAAUGAUCAGCAUCUGAACACCAGUGUCUCCAAUGUCAAAGUGACUCCAUGGUACUGA